UGUCAGUUUUUAACUUAAUUAUUUUAGUUUCACUUUUUCCUUUUGUUUCCUUCAUGAUACAGAUGGAGGGUAACUAAGGGAUAGGUUGUGUACCUUAAAUUACAGUCACAGUCCCAAUUCCCAGUCAAAAACGAUUAUGAUUCAAUAGAAAGUUGCAAGAUUUACUUUUGUUGUUGAUUGACUAAUGAAUAUUUACAGGUCAGACCUCCACCAUGAGCAUGAGCCGCUGGUGGCUCUGCCUGUUACUCUCAGGACCAGUCUGUUUUAUAAGUGCAGAGUACAUUCCUCCGGGACCCGCAUAUCCAUGUCCCAAAGAUGCUCAAAGACAGUUGCUGUACCCUUGCUCCUGUGAGAAUGGAACGGAUGCAGGGCUACACGUCCGUUGCGAGAAUGUGGGGCUAGCGGUUCUCAGCGUGGGUAUUGGGAACAUUGCAGGCCUCGGCUUGCCUAUCGAAAGGCUGGAGCUCAGAGAAUGCAAAAUAGGCAGACUGUUCGGCGCGCUUCUGCGGCGAGUCCGGGUGCGGGUGCUGCACAUGGUGGAUACUCCGCUGCGCAGUAUAGACGAGACCGCCUUUGAGGGCGCCAAUACCACCCUACAGGAGCUCUAUAUGCGCAACACACAAAUAGGCACCUUCCCUAAAGAAGCCUUUAGGAUACUGGGAAACCUGUCGAUCCUUUCAAUAGAUGGGCACCUGAUGCAGUCCCUAGCGCAGGAUAUAUUCGUGGGCAGCGCGGCGGCGGGCAGCCUGCUGCGACUGCACCUGCCCAACGGACUCCUCGCAGACAUACCUCCUGAGGCCUUUCAGCACCUGAAGAAGCUCCGCACGCUGGACCUUCACGGCAACCGGCUGUCCGCCCUCAAGCGCAACCAGUUCCGCGGCCUGCGGGACCUCGAGCUGCUGGACCUCAGUUACAACAAUAUAACGAAACUGGACGGCAGCCACAUGGGCGACCUCACCAAGCUGGGCUGGUGCAACGCCAGCCACAACCUCAUCGCGGACAUACCCAGGGGCAUGUUCGCGCGCAACACGGUCAUCAAGGUGGUGCAUCUCGACAACAACCGACUGCGCAAGCUCGACACCAACGCCUUCCGCGGCAUGCGCUUCCUCAGGCGGCUGUACCUGCAGGACAACCAGAUCGCGGAGGUGGGACGCGGCACGUUCGCGGCGGUGACGCGCAUCGGCACCGUCGACCUCGCGCGCAACUUCAUCACCAAGGUCGACUUCCAGAUGUUCCAGCAGGUCAAAUAUGCAGAGAUAAUAAACCUGGCGGAGAACCGGAUAAGCGUGAUAGAGCGGCAGGCGUUCACCGACCUGUACCAGGCCGUGGUGAACGUGUCGCACAACGCGCUGGCCGACAUCGAGGUGGGCGCCUUCCAGAACUGCAACAACCUGACGGCGCUCGACCUCAGUCACAACAGGCUGACCGCCGUCCCGCGCGGCGCCUUCGACCUCAACACCUACGCCUUCGUGCUCGACGUCUCCCACAACCGGUUCGAGGACUUCAUGCAGAUCCCCAUCCACAACAUGUCGGGCCUGAGCGUGCUCAACGCCAGUCACAACGCGCUGCGAGACCUGCCCAAGCUCGCUUUCCCCAAGCUCUACGAGCUGCACACCGUCGACCUCGCGUACAACAACAUCUCCCUCAUCGGCAACGCCGCCUUCCAGAACCUCUUCUCCCUCAGGUACCUGAACCUGUCGCACAACGCGCUGGAGCGCAUCGGGCCGGCGGCAUUCGGCGCGCUGGCCACGCUGCUGCACCUGGAGGCGGCUCACAACGGCCUGCGCGACCUCUCCCGCGGCGCCCUCGCGCGUCUCGCCUCCUGCCGCAUCAUAGACCUCUCCCACAACCGCCUCGAGACCAUCUUCCAGAUACCCAUCAGCCUCAGCGAGCUGAACCUGUCCUACAACAACCUGACGGAGGUGCGCAGCAAGACGUGGCCCGCCAUGAACGCGCUGCUCUCGCUCGAGCUGGAGGGCAACCGGCUGGGCGAGGGCGAGCUGGCCGGAGACUCCUUCGUGCCGCUGCUCACGCUGCAGCGCCUGGGCCUGGCGCGCAACGGCCUCGCGGCGCCGCCCUGGCAGGCCCUCAACGCCCUCUCCAGUCUCCAGUACCUCCACCUCCAGUACAACAACAUAACGACGCUGUCGAAGUCCGCGUUCGGCAACCUGCCCACGACGUUCGAGGUGGACCUCUCGCACAACGCGCUGGCGGCCGUCGCCCCCGGCGCCUUCCGCGGCCUGCCGCAGCUGCUGCGCCUUCGCCUCGCCCACAACCGCCUCGCCCACCUCCCCAACGGCGCGCUGCAGGGACUCGUCGCGCUGCGUCAGCUGGACCUCUCCCACAACGAGCUCGAGCGCAUCGACAACAAGACGCACGGCCUGCUCGAUGACUGCCUCUCGCUGGAGGAGGUGGACUUGAGUCACAACCAGUUCGGCUUCCUGAGCAAGAAGACUUUCCCGUCGAGCCCGUGGGUGCCCUACAGGCUGCGCGUCGUAGACCUCAGCAACAACCGGCUGCCCGUGCUGACGGCGGACCUCGCGCACGGCACCCGCACCCUGCUCCGCCUCCACCUCGCCCACAACUACAUCGACGACAUCCGCCACGGCGUGCUGGCCAACCUGACGGCGCUGCAGCACCUGGACCUGUCGCACAACCGGCUUCUGGACCUCGUCUCGCGGACUUCGGAGGGCGAGCUGGUGCUGCCGCGCAACCUGAGCGAGCUGGUGGUGAGCGACAACCUGCUGCGGCGGCUGCCGCUGCGCGCGCUGCUGGCCGCGCCGCAGCUGCGCCGGCUGGACGUGCGCCGCAACGCGCUGGCGGCCUUCCCCCCCGACCUCGUGCGCCGCGUGCGCGAACACGACCUGCACGUGCAGUUCGAAGGCAACAAUCUGAUUUGCGACUGCUCGGCGCGGCCGCUGAAGCACCUGGUGUCCCGGCUGCCGCGGAGAGAGCCGCCCGACGAGGAGGGCUACGCGGCGCUGCGCUGCGCGGAGCCCCCGGCGCUGGCGGGACUCACCAUGGCCGAGGUGCCGGAGGAGCGGCUGCGGUGCGCCGCGGGCCCGCCGCCCCACCUGCCGCCCGACCCGCCCUCCGAUGACGACCCGGUGUACGCGCUGGGGGCCGAGCCCGACGUGGUGUUCCGCGACGUGCAGUGUUCGCAGACGGCGGUGUCGGUGUCGUGGCUGGUGUCGAGCGCCAGGGACGUGGCGGACGCGGUGCUGGUGGUGCGGGGCGCAGACAACGUGGUGCUGCACCGCGAGGCGCUGCCCUACCACGUGCGCUCGGUGACGGUGCCGGUGGAGGGGGGGCUGAGGCGCGCGCUGGCGGAGGCGGGCGCGGACUCGCUGCAGGUGUGCGUGCUGCCGAUGACGUCGGAGGGGGGCGCGCUGGAGUGGCACGAGGCGCAGUGCCGGACGCUGGAGGGGAGGUUCGCGUCGUGGCCGCGCAAGCUGUCGCCGGGGAGGCGGCGAGCGGUGGGGCGGCGGCGCGGCGCGUCCUCAGCAGCGGGCGGCGGCGCGCUCGCGCUCGUCGGCGACUCCAUUCUGCUGACGCUGUGCAUCUUCAUCGGCGUCUGCUUCCGCCGCCUCGCCGACAUCGACCUCUGACUCCACAUGGGGGGUGGGGGGGGAGGUGGCUGGAACAUUGGCUUUAACGUUUCUACUCAUGAUUGAAUCUCGUUGUGAUUUUUUUAGUAUUUUUUACAUUCCAUUGUUUACAUAU